AUGACGAAUUCUUUUCCUGUGUCGCGCAUCGCUUAUUCGAAUGAGUCGAAUAACUUUAAAUGCAACUACCAAAAGGAAAUUCACAGUGAUGUUCCUUGCAUUAACAUAAUAUUACGCUCAGACUGUGUAAUGAAAUCAACUCAACAUAAUUGUCUGCAAAAGGGCACUAAUCCAAAUGAGAAUAAAAUAUCAACCAUUAAUAAAAAUCCGUCUGAUCUAGUUAGAAGAAAAUUGAUGUAUUCGGACAUCGAAAUAAUACCCCAAGCUGCACCAAUGACGUGUAAAGGAAUUACAGAAGCUUCAAAUGUAUGUAACAAAGUUAAAUGUGAUAACAUCAGCCACCAACAAAUAGAAAAAUCCAUGGAUUCUCAUAAAGAAUUGAUGGAGGAGACCUAUCCUGUAACAAAAUUGGAAGGUACUACGAAAACAAGAACAGAUUUCUUGUCUAAUUUUGAGAAAGUUCACAAACCCACCAUGGAAGCCAAUUUGAAACCAAGUUUGAAACAAGCAGGUUUAACAAAAAAUGAUGUUUCAACCAAGAUCCUAUUAACACCUACAAACCAAAAAUCACACAAAGAAUGUUCUUGUGUAUGUUCUCUUACAACUUCUUAUUCUAAUAAAAAUUUGAUUAAUGAUAAAAAGAUUGAAUCCAAGCAAUAUUAUGAAAAGCAUAGGGCACCGUUGAAUUUUGAUUCCACUAAUUAUUCUACGUUAAAUGCAGGACAAAAAUGGAAAUUUAUAGGUAUAGCCGAAGAUUUAACAUCCCCAGGCAAUGUUGCUACAAAAGAAUUCCACCAUAGUACACCAAAAUGGACGCCUCAGAGUACCAUCGCAAGAAAUUCAUCGGGUGAACACUGUGCUCCCUGUUGCACUAACAUAAAUCACGAUUCAACUAAGUAUUCCACAUUGAACAUAGGGCAAACAAGAAAAUACGAUUAUUCAACCAGAGAUGUAAAUUCGAAAGACAAUACUACUGUUAAAUUUCACCAUAGUACGCCAAAACAGGUACCCAAAAGUACAGUUUCAAAGAGCUUAUCGAACAAAAAUAUUGAAAAUUGUUGCACUGCUGUGACUUGUGAUUCUGCUAACUAUUCUUCCAUAAAUUUCGGACAAGAAACUAAACAUGUUAAUACAACGGUGAAUGUUAAAUCUAUUGCAACCAUUACUGAUAAUUUUUUGAAACCGCAUACAAAAUUUUCUCAUAAUAAUGUUGGACAACAACCUACAAACAGCACUGCUAUGGAUACUCUAGAAGGAAUACUGCUGGGAAUAAAAAACCUCGGUGAUAAGUCCAUGGCGAAACAUAGUGUGCACGAUUAUCAGCAUAAAGAUGUGAGGUGUAAAAAUGUGGAUUGCAAUACAGUGACAGACUUUAAUCAAUAUUCCGUUUUGUCGUCCGAGUGUUUGAGGCCAGAAUGUAUAAAGAUGCUGGAGGAAAUCAAGGACUGCACGAAAACAUUGGAAGAACAAUUGAUAAUGAUGAACAAGAAUAUGAAAGUGAAAAAAAGUAAAGAUAGUUAUUACGGUAAACAGCGAAGGGAUAUAAUUACACAGAACCCGGAGAAGGAAAAUGUUUGUGUGCAGGAACCCAGCCACGAUGAUGUUAGACAUUUCAAGUACGUACAGGGUCACCAGAUAAAAUCGAAAAUUAAUCUCAAUCCUCAAAAAGAUAAACUCCCAGACAAAAAUAUUCAGCGAACAAACAAAAAGACAACAUGGACAGAAGAAAGUAAAUGUUGUGGUAGCGAACAAGGGAAAAGUCAGAUUCAUAAGAAACAGCUUUACAGAUCCGAUGAUAACAGUAACUCUAAUAUGAACCAACCUAAAAGUUUCAAAAAAGGACAAAAUGCACAAGAUCAGUACACAAGUUGUGCACCUUGUGCUUUUGAUGAUUCGUAUUUCAGGCCAAUUGCUGCGUCCACGUUUAAAGAUAAAAGUUUAUUAAACAACAAUGAAUGUACGUGCCCUUUUAUUGAGCAGACUAGUGUUCUAUCUCGUAGAAGCUCACAGAGUAAACGAGAUAGGAGAACUACAUUGAAUGAAUUAAUUAGUUACUCUUCAAAAAGGGAAGAAUGUAAAAUUAGUUCAAGAAAUGCGAGGAAAGUUGAAGAAUUUUCAUAUUGCCCAGAAAAGGCUAUUGUAAUGUUACUUUUAACGAGAGAUGUAAAUAAUACGCAUCUGAAAUCCAGAUACAAGAAGUUAGGUCUUACGAAUUUUAAGCCGAAAUGUAUUAUUGACUCGUGUAUCACGAGUGAUCAGAGAUUAGUAAAAUGUCCAUUGCCGAAACGUAAAUGUCAGAUACCCUCUGUGUUCAGACAAUUUAAAUCGGUACAAUGUAAAAUUGGAAAGCACAGUGAAUUGUUCGAAAAUGCCUGUAAUCAUUCCAUGAAACAAUCAGUAAGUAAUUGCAAAAUGUCAGAUUUAUUAGCCACUGUUUGCACGCAGUCAUCAAAUUUACACAUUACAACUGCCACCUCAGUUUCCUGUGUUACGUUUCGUGAUUACUCUGCAUGUUGUAUUAAAGAAAGGGCAGCAAGAUCAGGAACUUGUGCAUUGAGUUGA